CUCAGCCUGCGUCCGCCGUCGCACACGGCUGCCAGCUGUCUGGCUGUCUGCGCCGUUGCGCCCAUUCGCCGGCGCAAUUGGCCGCCCGCUGCACCAGCGCGACUGUUUCGAACACUCCCACCGAUCCGCAGGGUCUCCAGUCCCCAACGCGAGCGACGGCCGCCGCGUGAACGGCAUACAUCAUAGGCCCACUUUGUAUGCACGCUAGCUUGCAACGGGAGCCGGCCGUACAAGACGAUUUUCAGGAACGGCAGGUCCAAGUCCAGCAUGCAGCACGCAGCGUGUGAAGUGUGCGCGCCUAUCAUCGCCUUGCAUCAUGGCCACCAGUCUCGACAAAUGACCACCACGCUGAGGUUCUGCAUGGUUGCACACUGAAUUGCGUUUUCCAGGUAGCUUCGUCACGUGCACCGAAUAGUCGUCGCCAUAGGCAGACCUCACUUCACCGUACCACAACUAUUCCAACAACAUGGCGUACAAGCGCCCGCGCGCGACGUCGCCUUCCAACGCAUCGAAGCGUAUUCGAGGGGGCUUGAACUAUGUCACCCUGGGCACCGAGCUGCCCGAAGACAAGGACGACGGCGAAUUCGUGCCAGUAUGGAAGCAGACGGUGACGGACGACCGAGGGCGCAGACGACUGCACGGUGCAUUCACCGGGGGCUUUAGUGCAGGAUACUUUAACUCAGUUGGAUCUAAAGAAGGAUGGACGCCCAAGACAUUUGUUUCCUCGCGGUCGAACCGCAACAAAGACCAGGCGGAUGUCGCGCAACGUGCAGAAGACUUCAUGGACGAGGAAGACCUAGCUGAGGCGGCAGAAGUACGCCAGCUUGAGACAGCUCAGCAGUUCGCAGGUAUCGGAGGCGCAGACGACGCUGGCGAUGGGUUCUUUGGUCUUUUCAUGAAUCAAGAAGAGACAAUGGGUGUCAAGCUGGCGCAGAAGAUGGGCUGGCGGCGUGACCAGGGUAUUGGUCGCAAGGUCAGUCGGGCUGCUCGCUAUGAAGAAGGCAGCAGUGUUGGCAAAGAUCCGGCCAGUUACACGUUCGCCCCAGAAGAUACCCGAGCCAUGCCGAUUCCACGAGAAGAAGUGCGCCGCAAAGGCUUGGGCUAUCAGUCAGAAGCCCGUUUGGGCGUAGUGGAAGAAAAGACCGCAAACCAGGCAUCGCCGCUAGACUUCCUCUUCACCGAAAGCUCGAGGAAGGCCCCUGUCGUAAAGAAGCCAGCAGGCAAGAAGUCGUCGUUCGGCGUGGGUGUGCUGAACGACACCGGUUCUGACGACGAGGACCCAUACGAGCUUGGCCCAAAAAUAUCCUUCAACAAGACGAUUGGGAAGGAUAAGAAAGCAAAGAAGCCAAGCAAAUUCGCAAAAGCUGGAGCGGGCGAAGGCCCUGUAUUCGUCUCGAAGAAGUCAUCAACAAAGGCAUUGGCUGUGCUGAACCGACCAUCGAUGGACGGACGACCUACAUUGACGGGAUUCGUCCUCGCUGCUGACAUCGCCGACUUGACGAGCAGACCCAAGUACCCGCCGCCCAAAAUCCCUCCUGGUUGGAAGUCCUCGAAGUCGGUCUCAGUCAAUGGCGCUCAAGAGUACCAAUCCGUGGCAGACGCUGCCAAAGCCUCCACACUGGACGCCAAGGGUCGUUCUGCGCUGUUAGGCGAGAAGGAAUUACCUGGCAAGUCAAUUUUUGACUUCAUCCCCAAGGGUGCUCGCGACCGCCUCGCAGGUCUAUCUGGCAGAGCGGAUCUGCCUCAGGGUCGAGGAGAGUCGGGUCCGGAGGGACAUCUGCCCGCAGCCAAAGCGCAACCAAAGGAUCUCUGGAGUCUCGUGCCGCCCCUUGACAAAAGCACUGCUGCUGCAGCAUUGGCAAAGGGCGCUACCGGGUGGAUGCCAUACGCAGAAGAUCUGCCUAAGCGUGCACGAUACAUAGGCUUCCUCGAAAUCCGUGCAGGGUUGAAAGACGACUUGCCAGACCGCAGCAGUACUGUUUCGACCUCUGACUGGGCCAAGGAGCUUCAGGAGUUUGCCCACGCCGCUCAAGUCUUCAAGCCUUCCACCGGCAUCAUGGCAUCGCGAUUCACCUCCUCCUCCUCGUCAACACUGGCCGGCAGCACAGGCAGCAGCACAGACGAAGUCCUUCUACGACAGGCAGCCACCAAGCCCGAGGAUCCCGCCGAACAGGCCGCGAAGAUGAACAUGUACGGAGCCAUGACGAGAACCAACUUCCCCUUCCACCCCUCCCGCCUGCUAUGCAAGCGCUUCAACGUCAAGCCGCCACCAGACAUGCCCCACAGCACCGACGCUGACGCCGACGACGGCUUCAAGCCAAAGACCGAGGAGGUCGUUUCCAAGGCCGCCAUGGACAAGAUGCUGCACGAGGUGCUGACGAAUGGCCCGGCGCUGCAGCGCCCGGCGUGGAUGGGCGAGUUGCCGCAGGGCGCUGCAGCUGCAGCUUCUGCACCGCGCGAGACGGGGCAUGCGACGGUGGAUGUAGAGAAUAACGAGGCGCUGGCGAGUGAGCGGGCUCCGGAAGAUGUGUUCAGGUCCAUUUUUGGCGACGACGACGAUGACGAAGAAUAG